GUCAGAUCAAGAUUCGAAUGCUUCUCCACUACCCCGACUUCCAAGGCGGCGCCAGUCCACCACUGAGAGAGAAAGUCCCGGCCCGGGGUUGAUGGCUCAUCGUUGCACUCGGCCAUGAAACAGCCGAAAUAUAGUGUUGGAGUAGAUCUCCACGUUGCAGCCCAUGCUCUAUCUCAUUACUAUCCCGUCAACUACUCCGUUACUAUCCCAUUACGAGCCAGUGCCCGGAUUUUGGUAAAUAGCUACCAGAUUGCUAUUGGUUCGCAUAUCGACCUGGGUAGCUACGUAUUUAGCUUCCUAGUAGUAAUGAGGUACGAGCUUGAUGCUCUCGUCUCCAUUCGCUCUUACUCCUUACCUACGUACACCGCAUACUACCCCGAUCUCGAUUCGGCAAUGUCGUCUCAUGUCUAUAAAAGGCCUGGCUGUCCUCGUCAGCUUCCGGUCGGCAUUGUACCGGUCGUCAACUUGUCUUGAUUUUCCACGUCGCCAUGGUAUUCCUAGGGCUGGCUGUGCUGACUGGCGUCUUCGCCUAUGUAGCUUCUGCGACUGGGACUGGGAUUGAUGCGGUUGAUAUUACCGUAAGCUCGACUGGCGGUAAUGCUACGAAUGGUCACCAGUACGGCUUCUUGCACGAGGACAUCAACAACUCAGGAGAUGGCGGUCUCUAUGCCGAACUCAUCCGUAACAGGGCUUUUCAGUCCAAUGAAGGCUUUCCUUCCACACUGGAUGCAUGGUACCCCAUUAAUGAUGCUAAGCUGUCACUCAAGAACCUCAGCACGCCUCUAUCCAAUGCUCUAACUGCCUCAAUGAAUGUCGCAGCUGGUGAGAAGGACGGCGAGAUUGGCUUCUACAACGACGGGUACUGGGGCAUGGAUGUCAAAGCCAGCAACAAAUACACCGGUUCGUUUUGGGUCAGGGGGGCUUACUCCGGUCAAUUUACUGCAUCGCUACGGUCGAACAUCACUGGCGAGGCCUUUGGAACAGCCAAGAUCCAAUCUCAAUCUUGUUCGGAUGAUUGGAUUGAGCACGAGUUUGAAUUGACACCUUCCAAAGAUGCGCCCAACUCCAACAACACGUUUGCACUCACUUUCGAUGUGGCUGGCACAGACGACGGUGCGCUCGACUUCAAUCUGAUCAGCCUAUUUCCUCCUACAUACAAAGGCCGAAAGAACGGUAUGCGGAUCGAUAUCGCCGAGGCAUUGGAGCAGAUACAUCCUACGCUCUUUCGUAUUCCGGGAGGUAACAUGCUUGAAGGGUGGACCAAUACGUCGUGGUGGGAUUGGAAAAACACACUUGGCCCCCUGAAGGAUCGACCUGGCUUUUAUGGAGUUUGGGAAUAUCCGCAAACUAAUGGCCUGGGUUUGGUGGAAUACCUGGAGUUCGCAGAGGAUCUUGGCAUGGAAAUUGUCCUCGGCGUAUACUCUGGCCUUGCUCUCAACGGAGAUAUAACACCGGAAGACCAACUACAAUACUUUAUUGACGACGCCCUUGAUCAAAUUGAGUUUGUCCGCGGACCCAGCGACUCGAAAUGGGGUUCAGUCCGUGCCCAGCUUGGUCACCCAGAGCCUUGGAAGCUUGAGUACGUCGAAGUCGGCAACGAAGACUGGCUUGCUGGAGCGCCAGAGGGUUGGGAUACCUAUAAGCAAUAUAGGUUCCCCAUGUUUCUUGAUGCUAUCAACAAAGCAUACCCAGACAUCCAAGUCAUUUCAUCGGGAUCCACCUACAACGGCUACGAUAUUCCCUCACCCGGAGCCGGCGACUAUCAUCUUUAUGCUGUGCCAGACACCCUCGUCGAGGAAUUCAACAGGUUUGAUAACAUAACAACACCGCACAUUAUUGGUGAGAUGGCAGCGAUACAACCUAAUGGUGGUGGUGGUUGGGACUUGCCACAGAUGCCGUUCCCUUGGUGGGGAGGUGCCGUUGCCGAAUCUGUAUCGCUCAUCGGUUACGAGCGCAACCAGGAUAGGAUCAUUGGGGCAGCAUUUGCCCCUAUCAUUCGUAACAUGAACCGUUGGCAAUGGGAAAUAACUAUGAUUCAGUUUACUGCCGAUUCAGUUACCCGGUCCACGUCUUGGUACGUCUGGGAGCUCAUGGCAGCGCAUAUAAUGACAGAAACCUUACCAGCCACCUCACAGUUCAAUCCGCUGUACUACGUGGCUGGUAGGAAUGAGAAUACGGAUGGAUAUAUCUUCAAGGCGGCAGUUUACAACUCGACGGAAGGGGCUGAUGUCCCUGUUCGACUUACUUUUGAAGGCAUCAAGCCAGGAACAACUGGCGAACUGACUAUUCUUGUGGGGCCUGAGGAUCCGUAUGGCUUUAAUGACCCCUUCACAGGAGUGAAUGUGGUCAAGACUAUAAAGAAGACGAUCGAAGCUGACGAAGAGGGUGGCUUUCAAUUUGCCUUGCCUAACUUGAGCGUUGCGGUCCUAGAUACAGGACUUUCAGCUCCCCUUCAGCGCAACAGAGCGGUAGAGUGGAGGGGUUGAUGUAUGGACACAAAUCCAGUCCCUAGGUAAAUUUAUCUAGGUUAAGAGGGUUAAUACACAUAAGUUGUCAGUAAUACAUAUAUAAUACAUAUAUAAUCUAAUUAUGUUGAUUCAAGUUAUACAAGUUAUAUUAAUGGUACUGUGUAAAAGCACAUAUGUACGCUACAUAUGUAAGGUAAG